AUGGUCUACUCUCUGGCUUAUCGCCGCCCGGAGCGUGUCGCCCGCCCCUCUUCCGCUGCCUCUAUCUCCGGUGAGACCAAGCAAAAGUCAAUUCAUGACUCCAUCAAGUCUGGCAGCAGCGGCAUGUCCCAUGGCAUUCCUGAAGCUCUUUCCUUCGACCGCAUCAUUGCUGGUGGUGUGUGUCCUCCCUGCACUGUGCGCGACUUCAUGAAUUUCCUCAAGUACAUUGAGCUGUCCGCCGAGAAUCUGCAGUUCUACCUCUGGUUCCGCGACUACAGCAAGCGAUUCAAUGAGCUGCCUGCGAGCGAGCGGGCCCUCUCACCCGAGUGGUCUGGCGACAAGAGCAACGCCGAGACCAAACAAGGCCCAAAGGUCGUCAACGCUGAUGCUGCAGCCAUUCUCGCCGCGUCUGACUUCGGCAAUGACCCCAAGGUCUACGAGUCUGAAAAGAGUGGUAGCAACCCCUUCUUCACUCCUCCGCGCACGCCCAACAGCGUCGAGAGGCAAGAAGGUGCCUACUCUUUCGACUCGUAUGAUGGCAGCUCCAUCGGUAGAGUGGAUCACUCCAAGCGCGCCGAUGGUGCGUUUGAGAGUGCAGGACUCAAGUGGAAGCCUUGGAAGAAGCGCUUACACACGACAGUGUCCGUUCAACCCUACCGAGAGGAGAUCAACCGCAUCAUCUCUAUCUACAUUGCUGAUGGCGGCUCGCGACAGCUGAACCUGUCUUCCAAGGAGCGCACGGCACUCCUGCAUGCGCUCCAAAACACCACUCACCCUUCAGCCUUCGCCGAUGUCAUCGCGACUGUUGAGUGGUCACUACGCUGCCAGGCUCACCCCAACUUCAUCCGCUGGACCAUCUGCAACGGCAACCGCCCCCGUGUCAUCUUCGCCCGUGGUCUUGGUAUUGGUGGCAUCGUCGCUGGUCUGCUCGUAGCCAUCAUUCUCACUUUGAGCACUGCGAGCCGCGCAUGGCGAGUCCUGUCCCUCAUUGGCUUCUUCAUCGGCAUCUCAACCCUGAUCGCCGCGUGGAAGGGCAUGUGUGUGGUUCUGCACGGCAUGCACCACCGCCAUCUGCGACCCUGGGAGCUCUUCGGCUCGGACGACGAGCCCGAAGGCUUCGAUGCGAAGCUUGACUCGAUGGACACGUUCAACACGCAUGCGUCGAGCAACUCGUGGGAGGACGAGCCCUGGGUCGCUAGGUACGAGAAGCGCAACGUCAUCCGCAAGGUCUUUGACCGCGAGGUCUGGAUCCAGGAGCCCGCGCUUCGCCAGAUCCAGGACACCAUCUUUGUACAAGCCAUUCUCGGUGCUCUUGUAAUGUCUGCUGUCGCUGUCGGCAUCUUCUGUGCCAUUCCCAAGGGCAACUACUUCUAG